GUCGUCAAAUUUUAUUCCGUAACCGUGAACGAUGCAGUCUCGCUUGUCGCUUCAUCCAAGCAGCACGUACAAAAGUCAGUCUCCAUAAAAAAGUGCUUUGCGCCGCGCAGCCGUUCUGUUGUUCAGUUCUUCUACAUUUGUUACCGUCGCGAAAAUAAUAGUGGUGUUCUUUCUGCUUGAUGGAAGAAAUGGAAGGCAAUAAUACUAUUGCAGCACAGCUGCGAAAGGCAAACUCUGAAGGUGGACCUUGUGUGAUGCGUGUUAACACUGCCGUGGUUGAUUUGGCAUCCUGUGUUCCGCGUCCCUCGCUUCGUGAAGUCGAAAAAAUAAUGAAAAGCGAGAUGAAAAUCAAUGUCGAUGAAGUCGAUAGUAUUGAAAUGCAUCAUGUUCGUAAUUGUGUGUUGAUCACAUUCAAGCUACUCGAUGCAGCUGAAAAAUUUAUAACCGAAAACAACAUGAAACAUCGUAUUCGGAAUGAGCAAUCAAAUUAUUUGAUUCCAGUGUACAUGGAAGACAAUGCCAUUGAUGUACGCAUCCAUGACCUUCCAAGGGCGUUUAGUCCGAGGUCAAUAGAACGUAUAAUAGGCGAGUAUGGAGAAGUUUUGUCUAUUAGACACGAUACAUGGAAAAAUUUCUUCCCGGGAGUUUACAACGGCGUCCGUAUCGUGCGUAUGCGUUUAACAAAACCUAUACCAAGUUUUGUCACUUUUGCCGGUCGAACCUACUCCGAACAAAGCUUGGUUACUUACAAAAAUCAACGUCCAACUUGCCAAUGGUGUGGCCUAGAGGCUCAUCCUGGAAAACCCUGCAAUGAAGCAGUAAAACGCAGGUCGUCAUCCUCGAAACCCAGCGACGAAAAAACAAAUAAACAACCAUCGACAAAGCCGUCAUCAUCAUCGGAAGCAACAAAGACAACAACACAAAAUCCAAAUGCGAAGCAGCCAACAGUCAAAACAGCAACGGAAAAAACAUCAGCUCAAGACACACCAGCGCAAACUAAGGACACCUCACCCGAUACCGAUACUAACGACUUUAAAACCGUGGACCGAGAGACAAAACGAAGACUCCGAAAGAACAAUGCCUCGAUUGGAAGCGACAGCGAGAUCUCAGCCAGCGAAAACGACACUAUUGGGCCUGAACCGGCGGCAGGAAAGAGUGUUUGUUCCCCUCCCCGCAAAAAGAUCACAACGCGUAGUACCAGCCAAAAUGCUCCCACAACAGGAAAAAGAAACGCACCGAAUAGUAAUCAAUGAAGCACUAGAUUAUUUUUUGUAUUUGGCACCGUAAACCUAGUGGUAUUGUG